AUGCAGAACAACAUGUUGUCGGGGGUGGGGAUGGAGCAGGGGGGUCAGGGAUUCUGCGGGAGGAUGGACACUACAGCGGCGGACAUGAUGGAGCAACAGCCUGCAGAGCGCUGCAGCCCGGCCCCCUCUGCGCUGCGCGGACACAGACAGAUGGAGGGUUCUCAAACAUGGCGCACGUACAGCAUGGCUCGUGUCUGUGCCCUCACCUGUACUCCUCGCAGCGGGCUUUCUGCCGAUCUAGGACCGCUCAGUCCGUGGUCCAAGGCCCGCUCCAGGCUCCAGACUCCAGCGCAGCAUCAGGACCAGGACCGCAGCGCGUACUGCACUUCCGCGGCUGCACCUCCACAAUAA